AUGGCUGGGGAUGCGCCUCCUCUGGCGACAGAUCAGCAUCCACAUAUGGAAGUAGCUAUGGAUCUUCCAGUUGUGGUUGAUUCGGACGAUGAUGAAAUAGUCUCCCACGAACUAGAGCAAAUGAGGAGCAUAUUAGAAGAGGCCAUUUUGGAAACGCGCAGCGUGCCUCUCGAAAAUCAACCGCAACUUCCCCACAUACCCCUAAGCAAGCGAAAUCGGACAGUCGUGAAGGGUUCUUAA